AUGCGUUGGUCGUCGCUCUUUGCUUCACAGGCCGCAGUCUCUUCUGCUCUCAUUGCAACCACACUCUUUACUUUGUCCGCCAGUGCGCAGGACCGCACCACUGAACAGGGCGAGGCGCAGAUUACUGAUCCGAAUCAGGAAUGCACCCCAUAUUAUUACGCGCCUGUUAGUGCUGCUCUCGCUGCCAACCAGUUCCCGCCUAUCUGGACAAUCGCGACCAUUCUCCCCAAUGACACCAAUGCUCAAGCCAAGUACCAGUCCAUCCAGAGCCAGAUCCCAAAUAUUCAGCCCAAUGGCAGCCCGGCUUCCGCCUCCACUGGUGAUUUCAGCAGCUUUACGUACCCUUCGUCUGAUCCAGAUUGCUGGUGGACGUUUGACGCAUGCACUACUCCAAAAUUGGCCGGAUUACCUCCGGAUCUGGCUGGCGUUCCAGAGCCUGAUACCCUAGGUUAUGGUUUCGAUGAUGGACCCAAUUGCUCCCACAAUGCAUUCUACGACUUCUUGUCGCAAAAUAACCAAAAAGCCACCAUGUUCUACAUCGGCAGUAAUGUUAUGGACUGGCCUCUUGAGGCGCAGCGCGCUCUCGCUGAUGGUCAUGAAAUUUGUGUUCACACUUGGUCGCACAAAUAUACGACUACUUUGACCAACGAAGAAGUCUUUGCAGAAUUUUACUAUACUGUGAGAUUUUUGAUCGAGCACACAAUUAAGUUGGUGGCCGGCGUGACGCCUACGUGCUGGAGGCCUCCUUACGGUGAUGUCGACGAUCGGGUCCGGGCCAUUGCCCAUGCACUGGGCCUGCGCACGAUCAUUUGGCAAUAUGACUCCAAUGAUUGGCGUGAAGGCUUUAAUAACGUUACUGUUGCUGAUGUCGACCAGAACUACGAGUACCUCAUUUCUCGUGCACAAAAUGGCACCUACGCUACCGGGGGUACUAUCAUGCUCACACACGAGCUCAACAACUUUACCAUGUCCGAGGCUAUGAAGUUCUACACCCAGCUGAAAGCUGCAUUCAAGUACCUCGUUCCCAUGGGUGUUGCCACAAAUCAAACUCAGCCAUACGUCGAGACUAACUACUCUCUACCAUCGUUUGAUCAAUACAUCAGCGGCACGACAACAGUCACCGGUGGUGUCCCAGUUGCCACGGCGGGGUCUUCCAGUUCAACAGGGUCCGGAUCAUCUUCUGGGAAAACCAAUUCCACUGGUGCUGCGAGCAGGGCCUUAUAUGACAGUUUUGGAAUACUUGCCGCAGGUGCAGCAUUCGUUGGCUUCUCAGUGAAACUCUUGGCGUAG